AGAGGUAUUUAUGUGUCUGGGUUGGCCCUGAGGCGGGGCCGGGUGGGGAAUGCGUUACGGUGACAUAUAGAACGAGGGAGUGCUAGGCACUUCCUUUUCCUGUGGGAGCCGCCGGGUAGAGAGGAGCGUGGCCCUCUCCUUUCUCCGCCAUGGCGUGUGCUCGUCCACUGAUAUCCGUGUACUCUGAAAAGGGGGAAACAUCUGGCAAAAAUGUCACUUUGCCUGCUGUGUUCAAGGCUCCCAUUCGACCAGAUAUUGUGAACUUCGUUCACACCAACUUGCGCAAAAACAAUAGACAACCCUAUGCUGUCAGUGAAUUGGCAGGUCAUCAAACCAGUGCCGAGUCCUGGGGUACUGGCAGAGCUGUGGCUCGAAUUCCCAGAGUCCGAGGUGGUGGAACUCAUCGUUCUGGCCAGGGUGCUUUUGGAAAUAUGUGUCGUGGGGGCCGCAUGUUUGCACCAACCAAAACCUGGCGCCGUUGGCACCGCAGAGUAAACACAACACAAAAACGAUAUGCCAUCUGCUCUGCCCUCGCCGCCUCAGCCUUACCAGCGCUGGUCAUGUCUAAAGGUCACCGUAUUGAGGAAGUUCCUGAACUUCCUUUGGUGGUUGAAGAUAAAGUUGAAGGCUACAAGAAAACCAAGGAGGCUGUUUUGCUUCUUAAGAAACUUAAGGCAUGGAAUGAUAUAAAAAAGGUCUAUGCCUCUCAGCGAAUGAGGGCUGGCAAGGGCAAAAUGAGAAACCGCCGUCGUAUCCAGCGCAGGGGACCUUGUAUCAUCUAUAAUGAGGACAACGGUAUCAUCAAAGCCUUCAGGAACAUCCCUGGAAUUACUCUGCUUAAUGUAAGCAAACUGAACAUUUUGAAACUUGCACCUGGAGGGCAUGUGGGCCGCUUCUGCAUUUGGACUGAAGGUGCUUUCCGCAAGUUAGAUGAGCUGUAUGGCACCUGGCGUAGAUCUGCCUCCCUCAAGAGUAACUACAAUCUUCCCAUGCACAAGAUGCUCAAUACAGACCUGAGCAGAAUCUUGAAAAGCCCAGAGAUCCAAAGAGCCCUGCGUGCACCACGCAAGAAGAUUCACCGCAGAGUCCUGAAGAAGAAUCCACUGAAGAACCUGAGAAUCAUGUUGAAGCUAAACCCAUAUGCAAAGACCAUGCGCCGGAACACCAUUCUUCGUCAGGCCAAGAACCACAAGCUUCGGCUGGAUAAAGCAGCAGCAGCACUGGAAGCCAAGUCAGAUGAGAAGGGGGUUCCAGGCAAGAAGCCUGUGGUGGGGAAGAAAGCAAAGAAGGCCGUGGGCCCUAAGAAGCAGAAGAAGCCUGUGGCGGGGAAAAAGGCUGCAGCUGCCAAGAAACCAGCAGCUGAGAAGAAGCCCGCAGAAAAGAAACCCACCACAGAAGAGAAGAAGCCCGUGGCAUAAACUUAAAUUGUUUAUUCCACAACGGUCAAGUCACUUUACUUCGGACAGCUAAUUUUGAAUAAAAAUAUGAUCAAAGGCAAUGAGAAACAUAACUUUUUGCAUUUGUUUUGUGAA